UUAUUUUUUUAUUUUUGAUUCCAUAAUUUUUUUCUUUUCUCGUAAUGUUUAAUCACGAUGGAUGAUAUAUUUUGUCUUUGUUUUUACAUAUUUUACGUAUUAACGUGUUAUAGAUCUAUAAACUACAAAUAUAACCGUACGAUUUAUAAAAAUAAUCUGAUCUAUGUAUGAUUUAUAAAAUCAAAAAAUCAUAAAAUCAUAAAAAGAAUAUUUUCUCGAACUUGAACAGAAUGGCGAAUACAGGGGUGCUGCCGUUUGUACGUGGGGUUGAUUUUAGCAGCAAUGAUUUUAGUGAGGGAAAAUUUCCAGAAUCUGUACGUUUAAUGACUGGCAUACAAUGGCUAAAAUUGGAUGAAACCAACUUGACUGAGAUUCCGGAAGAAAUGGGCAAAUUGUUGAAGCUGGUAAAGCUGUCUGCGUAUGGACAUUUAUUUUUUAAGCGUGCGCGAAAUUCAGGAUGAAGCUAUUGUGAUUGAGGAACAUCUUUCGUUGGUUAAGAACAAACUGGAACGCUUAUAUGGGGAAUUAACGGAACUUUGUUGUCUUCGUACUUUAAACAUAAGGCGCAACAACAUUAAAUCGAGUGGCAUUCCGGCGGAAUUGUUUCAUCUAGAAGAAUUGACUACAUUGGAUUUAAGUCAUAAUAAUUUGAAAGAAGUACCGGAAGGAUUGGAGAGAGCUCGUUCUUUGUUAAAUCUGAAUUUAAGUUACAAUCACAUUGACACGAUUCCCAAUACGUUGUUCAUUCAUUUAACUGAUCUCUUAUUCUUGGAUCUUAGUGAUAAUAAAUUGGAAACAUUACCACCGCAAACUCGUCGUCUAGCAAAUUUACAAACCUUAAAUUUGAAUCAUAAUCCAUUGGGACACUUUCAAUUAAGGUAUAAGAAAGAGAUAUAAUUCGCAUGAUUGAUC